CGUUGCCACUGAAAUGGUCGUAAAUGACUGACAGUAGGAACUAUCAAAAUGAGAUGUUUGGAUUUCUUAUUUCGAAAUAAUAAAAAAGUUAUUUAUUUUCUUUAUUUCAUGUUGAUGAUUUAUGGUAUGGCAAUGAUAGUGUGGGCCGUGGUUGAUAAAAUCUUAGACUCGGAAGGCAAAUCUACCACUUUCACCGUAUGGAUGCUUGUAGGAGUUGGUUCCAUGUUAAAUGCCUCUCUUGGUCUUUACGGGACAAAAAUUGAUGACAAUUGCCUCGUCUACGCCUCAAUAAUUUUCUUAUUUGUGACAUGUAUAAGCCAAAUCCUUGUCACUAUAAUUCGCAUCGCCGUUCCUCACCAAGAAGCACCGAAAGAAAAAGAGAGAUUCCAAAAAAUGUUCAAUAGUGAAUUAACCAACCUUAAUGAUGAAUUUCAUAAAAUUGAAAUCGAAUGGCAGUGUUGUGGAGUUCUCGGAUUUGAUGAUUACGAAGAGAAAUUUGAUCCUGUUUUGGUCGGAUAUCCUCCCAGUUGUUGUGAAAGUGGCAAAAGGUGUCAAAAACCCUACCCGAUUGGGUGUCAUACCAUGAUUACACACGCUCGCUUUGUACGAGAGCUGAUACGAGCGAUUAUUUUCAUCACUUUUUCAGUUUUAAAAUUUUGUAGCGCUAUCGUGAUUGCAGUUUUGACCAUAUGGCAUGAGGAGUAUUUUCGAGAAGAGAAGAUAUGAGAAAAUAUUGUUUAUCAACUAUCAUUAAAAAUAUCAUAAUUGGUCAUUUUUGAUAAUUUAAAUAUAAAAUAAAAGGUGGCUUAA